AACACAGCCAGACAGAGCUUUCUCUCUCCAAUCCUCCUCCAUUUGUCCUUAAAUCUAACAAAAUUCAUUCCAUAUUGGUUCACAUACCCGCUUCCAUCUCUCUCUCUCUCCAAAUACAUUAUUGGUAAUUUGAUAUGGUUUUGAAGCUAAUUCUGCUUCUGUUGGCUUUUUUGCUCCAAAGAACCUCUUUUUCAUGGCCAAUUUCCAAUGGGUCUAGCGGUAAUAAGGAGAAUAGCUUGGCAAUGGCGAACAUAAGAGAAGCUCAUACAAAAUGGUUGAAGAUUAUGGGUUCUUUCAACCAUUCUCUCUCCCAACAGACAAAUAACAAGCUGAAGCCAUGUAAGAUUAUCAGAGUAAAUCAAAUGGACGUCAGCAAGAAGAAGAAGAAUAAGAAGAAGAAACAGUUCAAUUCAGUGCAGAAAGCCAUUGACUCAAUUCCAAUCCUCAAUAACUGUCGGGUCAUCAUAUGUGUUGCUCAAGGCAUUUACAAAGAAAAGGUUGAAAUUCCGACGACAAUGGCUUAUGUUACUCUUCAAGGAGAGGGAGUAGACAAAACUAUUAUCGAAUGGGACGAUACCGCCGACCGAAUGGGGAGACAUGGACAUCCACUUGGUACCUAUGGUUCUUCAACAUUCGCCGUUAAUUCUGCUUUCUUCAUCGCAAAAGAUAUUACCUUUAAGAACAAGGCGCCAUCGCCGCCGUCUGGAGCUUUGGGGAAACAGGCAGUGGCGCUGAGAGUCUCCGGCGACAUGGCGGCGUUUCUGGGUUGCAAAUUCAUAGGAGGCCAAGACACUCUGUAUGAUCAUGUCGGAAGGCAUUAUUUCAAGAACUGUUACAUAGAGGGAUCAGUGGAUUUCAUAUUUGGAAACGGUCUGUCCAUGUAUGAAGGGUGCCAUUUACACGCGAAUGCCAAUACAUUUGGGUCUCUGACGGCGCAGAAGAGAGAAAGCUACUUGGAAGAGACAGGGUUUUCGUUUGUGGGUUGCAAAGUUACAGGGUCCGGCGCAUUGUAUUUGGGCAGGGCUUGGGGAAGUUUCUCGACUGUAGUAUUUGCUUAUACAUACAUGGACAAGAUUAUUGUUCCUAGAGGAUGGUACAAUUGGGGUGACAAGAACAGGGAACUGACUGUGUUCUAUGGGCAGUUUAAGUGUUCGGGGCCUGGAGCAAACUAUGGGGGAAGGGUGUCAUGGUCAAGGGAGCUAACCCAACAAGAGGCUAGUCCUUUUGUUUCUUUGGACUUCAUUGAUGGUUCUAAUUGGCUUAAGGGCUUAAUCUAAUUUCGAUCCCUUUUUUAUGUGUUGUUCAAUUAAACCUAGAUAAAUCAAUUGUGAGACUAUUAAAUUUAUUUGGUAUUUUAUUUGUAGGUCAAU